CAGGAUAGGAAGGGACUAAGUACACCGACAUUCUGAACAUUUUAUUAUAUUUACAUGCUUGUAUUUGAAUUUUGUAAGUUUCUCAACUGUUUGACACUGGAAUUAUUGUUGUAAAUUCAAUGCUAGUUUGCCUUAAAGUUGUGAUCGAGUCAAUCUUACAUUAGGUUAAGGUCAUGCAUGCUUUGAGUUUGGUGCGGAUGUUCUACUGAGGAUGGGGAAAUCCUGUCAAAAUACACACCCAAGAGUGGUGGUUUGCAAUUGCAGCAGUCGUUAUGAAGAUAUGCAUGUGCCUGCGACGUUUGUUAACGUCUUGGAUCCAGGAGCCUUAAAUCUGUACUGUUGAUGGAUGUUAACUAACAUGUUGUUCAUCAGAGUCCUUCUUGGUACAUUUUGCACUCUGCAAAUCUGUUUCAUGCCAGUGAAAAGUAAUGAAAUGAAUGCAGAAAAACCGGAUGCAGCUCUGCUAGUUAAUCUUGGACCGUACCGAUUGAGAGACUUGGUUUGUGUAGCAAAAGGCAAAGCCGCUACCUCUGCAUUGGUGUUCUUCAAAAAUAAUUCACAGAAAAAACGUGGAAUAAACUCUUAUACAAUAUCUGAGGGCACAAAUUAUAACACUCAUCCGGUAAACUUCUCAAUACGCCAUGGGUGGAGUAGUUACAAUCUGUUCAAUACCACUGUUGGUGAAAACGCUUUGCUAGACUAUCGCUGGGAAGGUUUGCAAUCCUUCUUUACAAGGGACUCUGAGAAAGAAAUAAUUGAAACACCUUCAAGCACACACAAUUGGACAAUUAAUGUAUCUGUGAAAGGAAACAGCAAUGCUUUUAUUCAUUUGUGCACUGAAAUGGAUAUACAAUCACCAUCUUGUAGUCAGAUUAUUUUUGGUGGUUGGAACAACAAAGAGAGUUCAUAUAGAAUCAAAAAGGGGGGUAAAAUCAAAGACACAAAAAUACCGGUCCACAUGUACCCGAAGUGGUGGAAUCAUGUAAAAAUUACAGUGUCUAAUGACACACUGGAAUUCCAGUUAGGAAAGACGACGAACACUUUUGAAAUAGAUUUUGCUGUGAAAUACUUGGUGUUCAGUACCUACAAAGGUGAAUCAUUAGAGUGGCGAAUACAUAAGAGGACUUUUGAUGCCACAAUAUCUUCUGACAACUAUUUGUUAACAAGCUGGUUUAAACCUGAAGAAAAUAAAGUGUGCUUAUCAUUUUUCUAUUAUAUUCCUCUGAAAGUGGAAAAUGCAAAAUUGACUAUUCGCUUCCACAAAAAUGACCGUAUGCAUACAUAUUUCCACACAGAAUAUAUUGAAAAUACCAAGGGAAACGAGAAAAAUGGCUGGAACUGGUUUGAAAAAACAAUUGAUAUUGCUCAAUACAAUAUACAAGGAUAUAUUUAUUUAAAAAUUUCUGCAGUAUUUGAUGAAUUGAGCUGGCUUGAGUAUCCACUUGAGGUUUUUGCCGUGGAUGAUGUAAGAUUUUGCAAUCCUGAAGGCAGUCUCCGUGUAUUGCAAUUACAAGUAACGUCUACAGAUUAUAAAGACUUACCUACCUGUCAGUUGUUGCAGUUCCCGCGCUUCGAGCUAACUGCUCAACCCCCCCAGUAUCACAGCUUAGACUGCCCAGAUGCCGGCCAUCUUCUGUCGAAUUGCUCCGUGAGGUGCGGCACAUUUUUCAACAAGGACUGCGACUAUGUCGACAUCUGUUUGCCAGACUCUACUGGCACCACAGUUUGCACAUGCAGCAGGGGCCAUGAAGGAUCUUACUGCAAGAAAUGUUCAAGUCGUAAGUACGGCGAUUUUUGCUCCAAGGAAUGUGGGAAAUGCAUCCAGCAACAAACCUGCGACUCAGACACUGGUUAUUGCCCUCACGGAUGCGAGCAAGGCUACGUCCCACCAUUGUGCGACAAAACUUAUCCCAAGUUAAAUAAGGCACCAAUCCUGAUUGCUUCUUUCCCGACCAGCCUUUCGUUCUCAGUAGACUUUAAAGACAUCACUGGUUAUGGCGUGCCUACAACGUACCAGAUACAAUACAAGAAGUUAAUCAAAUCAUAUUAUGGUGAUUAUUAUGAAGAUUUUUGGACCAGUGAAGCCAAAGUUCCUGUAAACUUGAACAAAGUAAAUGUCACUUUAAGGAACUUGAGUAAACUUACCAAUUAUACAGUUCGUGUCAUUUUGUUUGUGGAAGAGAAGAUGAAUGACAGAGAUGAUGUGCCAGUGUUUCUAGGAAAAACAACUUGUGAAGAUGUUCAAGUGGAAAAUUUAGUGCCUGGUCAAACAUUUAUAAAAGUUAGUUUGCAUGAGUUAAACAACAGUGUGUCAUGUGACCCAGCUGACUAUACUCUUGAACUGUAUGAAGAUGGCAACAGCCAAUAUUUAUAUGCUCAUCAUUAUUAUAACCCGGAUUUCGAAUUGUUGGAACCAUACACAAAAUAUACUGUAAAAGUUGUGCGCUGGAAGAUAGGUGUGAAAUGGGAACAAGUGGUGUAUACACUAGAGGCUGCUCCUACUGAGCCACUCAAUCUGAAUAUAGUUUCCAUUUCUGGCAAUGAAUCAACUAUAGCGUGGCAGAAGCCAAACAAAGUUAACGGCAUCUUGAGGAAAUUCAACGUGGUGGUGGUGAUGCAAGAAACGUGGCUCCUCAGAGGGAAUGUGCCAGAAAUCAGAGAAGAACACGGUGUGGAAAAAGGCGACUACACUCAUCAGCUUAAGGGCUUAUACCCUUCAACUUUGUACCGAGUGAGCGUGUCUGGGGUCACAGUUUCUGAAGGGCGAAAUUCUACUCUCAGCUUCAAGACACCACUUGUUGAACCUGUUUUUACGGAACAGUUGUCCGUAGUGCCAAAAAGUUUCACUACUUCCACAGUGGACAUUUCUUUGCCACCAGCUUCAGAGUACCUUACAAACACUAGUGCCUACUUUGUCAUGGUUGGCUGUGAGAGUUGUUCUGAAGACAAGGACAGUGUUCCUCUCGUUAAUGGAACAUUUUGGAAUGACAUUUGGAAUCAUUCACGCCUCCAGAAUUGUAGUGACAUAUGGAUAGCUGGGGAAAUAAAGCCAAAGACAUAUCAAGUGAUCUUUACUAUUGGUAACAACACAGUAUCAGACGACUCCAUUUUCGGGAAAAACUACGUGAAUCGCCCCUUGGACACCCACGCCACGUACACAGUAGUUGCGGUGGUUGUGAACCAGCAAGGAGACAAGAGGACUUUUGCUACACUAGAGCUGGCGCAAGGUCCCUUGAACCUCUUCCAAGCCCUGAACAUGACCCAAGUGGCUGAGAAAGAUGGCGCUGGAGCAAAUAUGGCCCUGAUCGUGAUUCUUAUCAUUGUUCUCAUCAUAGUACCAACCAUAGGGUACUUUAUUUACAAAAAGAGAACCUCAUUUCCAGCACUUUCCAAUUCAAAAUUAGUAAUACAAAUGAAACAGCAAAAAGUAGAUGAUACCUGCAUUUUGAAGCCACCGGCACCAGAUCCGCCAUCUGAAGACGAAGAAGUCUUUAAUGACAAUGACCCACAGUUACCGCUGUCGGAACGACUUUCCUGUCGAGUGGCCAUCAAAGACCUUGAAAACUAUGUAAUGAAGGAAAUAUUGUCAGGAGAGCUGCAAAAACAGUAUACGCGGUUUCCACGUGGACAGACGCAACCAUGGGAGUAUGGCAAACUCCCACAGAACAAGCCGAAAAACCGCUAUGGAAAUCUUAUUGCCUAUGACCACAGCCGGGUGGUUUUGGAAAAGCUACAAGGCGACGAAUACUCAGAUUACAUCAACGCCAACUACAUAGAUGGCUACAACACCAGGAAGAUGUACAUCGCCACUCAGGGCCCGAAGCCCAACACAGUGGACGACUUCUGGCGAAUGGUUUGGCAGGAACAGGUUCAUGUAAUUUCGAUGCUGGCAAACAUUAUGGAAAAUGGCAAGAAAAAGUGUGAACAUUAUUGGCCAGAGCAUAGAAAAGAGGUAACUCACAGAAAUAUAACUAUUCUGACGGAAAGUGAGCAAGUUUUUGCAGAUUAUACGAUACGGACCCUGAAAGUCUCCUGUGAAGGCGAAGAUAGAAAGGUGUGGCACCUCCACUUCACCUCCUGGCCCGAUCACGGAGUGCCUUUCUACCCUCGGUCGGUGGCCAGCUACCUCAAGAAGCUGCUGGCGACGCCCAAGGGCCCGGGGCCGAUACUCGUUCACUGCAGUGCCGGUGUUGGCAGAACUGGAACUAUAAUCCUUACGGAUAUCUGCCUCCGUAUGGCGGCAGCAGAAAGAGCAGUCGACAUGUUGCACUAUCUGCAAAGUUUGAGGGAGCAGAGACCUAACAUGGUUGAUAAUCUGGAACAGUUCAAGUUGGUACAUGUGGUCCUUCUCGAAUGUCUGGUAGAAGAGCAGACUAGUUACACGUGUAACGGUUUGGAAAAACACGUGAAAAAAUUGGAAGAGGCCGGUGUUCUGGUGAAACAGUUCCAGCGUCUUGAGGAACUGCGAAACAAAGUGCACAUUCUGCAACAGACGGACUUCCAACGAGGAGAUCAGCAGUCCGAGGAGACGCCAUUGUUACAUAAAAAUCGCUUUCAAAAUAUUGUCCCAGGUCAUGGUGGAAGGGUGUACCUGUCUCGUAACGCUGUCCAAGGUGACACUUCUGAUUACAUCAAUGCAGUUUAUGUGGAUGGCUUUCGCAUCAGAGACCAGUUCAUAGUGACUCAGUAUCCACUGCCGGUGACAGUAGGUGACUUCUGGAGAAUGGUCGUUGAGAAAAACAUUUCCCUCAUCAUUAUGCUUAAUGACCUGGAGUCCAGUGAGACGGUGCCCGAGUUUCGUCCUACAAAUGAUGAAACUCUCUCGCCGGUGCCUCAUCUGAAAAUCCAAUUGAAACAGAAGUCUCAUACUGAAUUGUGGUCCAUUUGGAGAUUCCAUAUCACAGACACGGGAGCAUCACAACACCAGGUGGUGCGCAUGGUCCAUCUGACAGGCUGGGGAGCCGACCAGGACACACCGCAGGAACCUAGUGUCCUAAACCACCUGUGGCAGGAGGUGGAGACACACUACAGCGGCAAGGGACCCACGCUGGUCAUGUGCUUAGAUGGCGCCAGAGCCUGUGGUCUGUUUCUGGCCGCUUCUUUCCUCAUCGAGAAAAUCAAACUCGAGCAACAGUGUGAUGUGUGCCACGCCGUGAGAACCAUCCGGCAGAACAGGAAGCAGUUCAUAACAUCACAGGAGCAGUUUGAAUUUUUGUAUUAUGUCGCAGUUAAUUAUCUUGAAGCUUUUUCAAUUUAUAAUAACUUUGACUGAAACAGCAACAGAAGCCAUUGCAGAGAAAAUGUCUCCAAACUGCAUGAUCUUGGAGAACGUAGCAUCUCUUUUCUUUUUGUUUGUUUGGUUUGUUACCUUGUCUUCACACUUCGCUGGAAGAUGGGAACUAAAUAAGUACUUAAUUAUACUUCUUAGUUAGAAUAAAUGAUUUUAAGAUUCGCCUUAAAAUAGAUCAGACACCACAAAAUACCAAAAAAAUUGUCAUGACCACUCAAAUUUUUAUUAAAUGGUUUUCUUCUGACUAAGGCCUUGGAGUACUAAAAUCUUAAUUUUUUUAAAAUUUUUUUUACCUUGUAUUAGUUUAAGUGUCUUCUCUGCUUUAAUGGCUGUGUUAAUUUGAUUUAAUUUUGUAGCAAACCAGUUUUUUUUUCCUUCUAUUUUUAGAAGUUAUUAUUUUUAAUACGUACUUACAUUGCUUUUUUGUGAUAAUCUAUGUUGGAUAGGAAAUGAGCAUGACUCAAUAUAUAUUUCCUUUACAUCAAUUUUUUUUUGCCACUUAAUUCAGUCAGCUGUUAAUUCUUUAUGCUAGGUUAACUUCUUUUUUUUUUAUCAUUCCUAUGGGUGUCUUUUGUCAUACAGUCCAUAGUAGUAAAUUGGGACAAAUAGUGCAUAACCCAUACAUGUGUUCUACUCAAAUAAAAUAAAACUGGGGAUUGCAUAAGUCAUUAUGUAUGCGACAGUGAAUUGGUAUUUGAUUUUAUAGGAUACCAUCGCCCCCACCUUAAUACCAUAUAAUAUCGCAACUAUAUUCCACAUAAUUUGAAUCCUGUCUCUCAUAUAACUUUUGUUCAGUCAAGAAAUAUUAAAUUUAUUAUAAUCAAACAAUGAAUUUAUAAUACAUUCUUCAUUGUGACUCUAUCCAAAUUCAAACCAAUCUGGUGCCACUGAUCCUUUUCAACCCAUUCUGCAGUGCCUACUUUUACAAAUGAUGCAUAGCCAUUGUAAUAAGAGAGCCAUUCAGGACUCUUGGACAAUCUGAUGUUGUGAUAAUUGGUGGUAAACAGCUGAAAAAUAAUAUUACAAAAAUGUUGAAGCUAUGUAACAGUGAAAUUGUGUGUUAACAAAAGUCGAUUACUAUACCUAUAGAUAAAGGUGAUGCAGGAAUAACCCAGAAAAAUAACCUCUAUUAAACUGUUACCACAUAAACCAACAGAAAAAUACUUGCAAUUACAUGUAACAUGGAUAACAAUAUAAAAUUGUGCUUGUUGAAGGGAUAACUAUAAUAAGUUUGAUGGUAAAUAGUUAUUUUAUAUUGAGUGUAGCACAAGUUCAGUUAAAAAAUGUUAAUGAUGCUUGAAGAUUAUUAUGUAUUGUGAUAAACUUGAUGUUAUGUAUCUGUGAUAAAAAUUUUUUCAUGAAAAAUGUAUGUUGUAAUGUAUCCAUUGAUUAAUAAUUAAAUAUAUACUUUACUUAAAAAAAUA